AGAGAAAACAAUCUAAUGAUAAAAUCACAUGCAUGGGGCGGCGGCGGCGGGUCCCGGCAGGAGCCGCUGCGGUUUUUGCCACACAGAGGAGCUCUCUCAUGGAGUGACUUCCUGGGUCUUCAGGCAGCCAUGGAGGAUAAACCGUCUGUCUGGGGCUCUUUGAAACAGCGGACCAGGCCUUUGUUAAUCAACCUGAGCAAGAGGAGGGUGAAAAAGAACCCGAACAAGCCCCUAGACCUACGGGCAAGGCGUUCCCUGGACCGCCGCCUCAGCCUCUCUGUCCCUGACCUCUUGGAGGCUGAGGCCUUGGCCCCAGAGGGCAGGCCUUACUCUGGGCCCCAGUCAUCGUACACCUCGGUGCCCAGCAGCCUGUCAACGGCGGGGAUCUUGCCCAAGAGCAGCAGUAGCUCCUUGAAACAGUCUGAGGAGGUAUUGGACUGGAGCCAGGAAGAAGCCGGCUACCUCCGUGUGGUGGAAACGGACUCCGAGGAGGCCUAUGCCUCUCCCGCCGCGGACAGGCGGCCUUCCAGCAGUGGCAUCCUGGAUCUGCUGCAGAAGACGCCGGCUGGAGACGAGGCCCUGGAAGAGCCAGAGAAGCUAUGCGAAAGUGGCGAUCUUAAUGCUUCUCUGACAUCCCAACAAUUUGAAGAACAAUCUAUGUUUGGGGAAGCCAGUGAUGGCUUGAGUAACCUGCCCAGUCCUUUUGCCUACCUCCUCACCAUCCACUUGAAGGAAGGCCGGAACCUGGUCAUCCGGGACCGCUGUGGGCAAAGUUAGAGGGUAACUAAGGAACAAGAGGCAGAGAACACAGG